CUCAAUUCAACCAUUCCUCACCAAAUCCAUCAGAAGCUUCUCUUCUCUCUCUCUCUCUUUCUCUCUCUCCUAUCCAAUCUUCCUAAAUCACCAUAAAACAUGUCCAAGAAGAUCAUGGUUGUUGUGUUCAUUGCUCUCCUCCUGUUGUCCUUAACUCAUGCAGGCAGGCCAAACCCAGUGGAUCCAAAGAAGAGCAGUCUUCAGGCUGUUGAGAAGGAGAUGGGUGGUGGGAGAAUGGAAGGAUGUGAAGGAGCUGGGGAGGAUGAAUGCUUGGUGAGGAGGACCCUUGCUGCCCACACUGACUACAUCUACACCCAGGAGCACCAUUAGGGACUUGUAGGAUUAGAUUACAACUAUGCUGCUUGAGUGGGGAUUCCUAGUGUCUGGGUUUCUUUGGCUUCUUCUUCUCUAGGUAGUUUGGAGAGACCAUGUAAAUCACUUCUCAUCCUGCUGUUCCUUUGUUGUUCACAUGGUUAUAGGUUUUUCAAUGGAUUGAGUGAUAUAUGCAGUAUAUGCACAUCAUCGAUUGACAUCAUGCAGGUGCAUGCAACAUCAAGUAUCGAAUCGAUCGGUAUCCAUUUAAGCU